AUGGCGGACGCAAGGAACACCGUCGAUGAGCCACAACGCAAGCGCGAACGCGAGGAGGACCUCUGGUUUGACGACGGAAGCGUCAUCUUGGUUGCGCAAGACCGUGAAUUCCGGGUCCACCGCUCCCUGCCCUCGCGAGACUCAUUGCAUGAUUGCGCUGUCGUGUUGCUCUCGGACGAUGCGGGGUACCUUCGGAGCCUUCUCAGUGUGAUAUACGACCGCGACUUCUACAAGGAAUCAUCGCUCGAUAGAAUGGCUUACCACGAGCGGGUCGAAAUAUCCACGGGCGUCAUGUGCCUUGCACACAAAUACGACAUGAACGACCUAUUCUCCGAGGCAUACUCGCGGUUGCAAGAGAUCUAUCCCAUGUCCUUGUACACCUUCACUAGGCUGGGGCACGUACAUUCGGACAUGCACGCUCGAAUUGGGGGUUCAGCUGCGCUCCUACGGCUAACAAACGCCGCAAGAGCCAUUCCAGCUCCCGAGCUCAACACUAUGCUCCCGACUCUAUUCUAUCUAUGUGCACAACUCGAAGACGAAGUUCUGCUGAACGGCGCACCUCGGGAAGAUGGCACGCUAGAACGGCUGCAACCCAUAACCUUAGCACCGUAA